AGGUGUAGAGCCUGCCGCCUGCCAGAGUCCGCCUCUCGGCUAGGCUCAAGAGGGUCAUGUAGAAAAACCAGACCCCAGCCGUCCCGGUGCGCGGCCGCGCGCGGGAUCCUGGCGAGGUCCCCCCGCCGUGCGCCCAGGGCGCAAGAGCGCCGCCACCACCAGGCGAUCGUCCCAGCAACGCGCCCUGGACCUGGGCCAGAGCUCCCGCCUCCUCCCGGGCUCGUCAUGUGACGGGUGACGGCUGGGAAGUGGAAGAGGACGCGGCCCCCCUUGCCCGGAUCGCCACUUGCGGCGGCGGCGUCUCGAUGCGCGCCGGAUGGAGGCGCCGGCAGGGGAUCCCCGGUGGCUGCGGCUGCCCUUGCAGAGGGAGGUGCCGGCGGCGGCGGAGGGAGAGCCCCUCCUGGUGGCUGAGCUGAACCCGAGCCGGUCCCAGGCAUACACCUGGAAAUCUAGCUGUGAGACAUGGAGCGUGGCCUUCUCCCCGGACGGGGCCUGGUUCGCGUGGUCUCAGGGCCAUUGCAUCGUCAAGCUGCUCCCGUGGCCGUUGGAAGGAACCGCCCCGAACUGCAAAGCCUUGGAGCGGAAGAGCCUCGGCGAGAAGGCGGAGGCCAGAGGGCGAGGCGGGGCCAAGGAGAAGACGUUGGAGUGCGGCCAGAUCGUCUGGGCUCUGGCCUUCAGUGCUUGGCACCCUUCCCGCUCCAGGAAGCAUCUUCCGAGGGCGACAGUGGACUCUUCCUGUUUGGUCCUUGCUACGGGACUGAACGACGGGCAGAUUAAAGUCUGGGAAGUGCAGACAGGGCGUCUGCUUUUCAGCCUCUCAGGGCACCAGGAUGUCGUGAGGGACCUGAGCUUUGCACCCAGUGAGAGCCGCUCCAUCCUCGUCUCUGCGUCGCGUGACAAGACCCUGCGCGUCUGGGACCUGAGCCAGAAUGGGAAGCAGCUCCGGGUGCUGUCCGGCCACGUGCAGUGGGUCUACUGCUGUUGCAUCUCCCCUGAUGGCCACAUGUUGUGCUCUGCAGCUGGAGAGAAGUCGGCCCUUCUGUGGAGCAUGGAUUCCUACAACCUCCUCCGAAAGCUGGAAGGGCACCAGAACUCUGUGGUAUCGUGCGAGUUCUCUCCCGACUCGGCCCUCCUUGCGACGGCUUCGUACGAUACAUCGGUGAUCAUUUGGGACCCUUACACAGGGGAGCAACUGAGAGCCCUCUGCCACGUUCCGCUGCAGUCGGCUCUGGACCACGGCAGUGACUUCCACGCCACUUCCCUGCGAUCCGUGUGCUUCUCACCUGAAGGCCUCUAUCUUGCCACUGUGGCUGAUGACAGACUCCUGAGAAUCUGGGCCUUGGAGCUUGGGAACCCUGUUGCCUUUGCCCCUGUGAAGAAUGGUCUCUGCUGUACCUAUUUCCCACACGGAGGGAUCAUUGCUACAGGGACAAGAGACGGCCACAUCCAGUUCUGGACCACCCCGCGGGUCCUCUCUCCACUCAAGCACUUGUGCCGGAAAGCCCUCCGCCGCAUCCUGACCACUGACCAGGUUCUAGCCUUGCCCAUCCCAAAGAAGGUGAAAGAGUUCCUCACCUACAGGACUUGGUGAUGCUGACUAGGAAGAUCUGGCCUGCAAUGUCCUGGCUUCCGUUUGGCACCAAGGAGGAGCUGGAAACGGCAGCUUUGCAAAUGUUUCCCUUCUCUGCUGUGGAGGCAACGUAAGUCCCGGGUUAUAUCUGGGAACCUGGCCAUGACAAAUCCCAUUGACUGCAACUCACUCAAUCUCUUCUGCACCUGCCCCCCGAGGAGAGACUAAUGUCCCUACCGUGUGGUUUGAUUUCAGAAGUUCUCGACUUCCUCGAACAGGCUUUAGGUUUCCCUCGGUUGUUUUGUACUGAACAGGCGGGCACAAACUUCCAGAUGUGAGAAGGUGGCACUUUCCUGGGCUCUUUCCUGCCGAGCACAGAAACGACGGUUGUGUUCAACGGUUAGAUGCACAGCAGUGCAAACGGCAGCUAUUUAUGGGGGGCUUCUCGUGACUGGAUGUAGAUCAUUUUGUCCACCUGAAGGUGUAACUGAAAAGCUUCCCAUGCUGCUGGUAGAACUCACUCUCCUUAUGUAUAUUCCAGCAGCAGAAGGCCUAAGCUGCAGGUGCGGCAAAGCAGAUUCAGGAGUCAUUCUUCAUAGUCAAUGUGGUCAUAUAAGCUCAUUUUUGAGUUCUCAUUCUCUUUUCCAAGGCAGCCUCUCCUUGUAGGGAAACACCACCUAAAAUGUGAUCUCUGUGCACGAGAUGUUUGUUUCUACAGACUUAUAGAAGGGUGACAUUGGAGCACCUGAUCUGAAACCAUGUUCUUUUAAAGCUAUAAAAGUUGUACCAGGUGA